AUGUGCACAUUGCUUCCGGUGUAAACAUUCAAGUGUGGCAAAAGAUGACAAAUGCAAAUAACUAAAAUUUUCUUAUUUAAUGGCGUCUUCAAGAUCAACUGGAACGACAUUCGGCGUCACCGGUAAAAAGACUGGUCAACUCAAACCAGGGAAAAGUUCAUCGGAAACUUUACUGGCAACGAAACCUCAGAAACUCUCCCGUCCAUCUGAUAAACUGAAUCCCAAAACAGUUGACCCAUUUGCAGCCACCAACAAAAGUCAGUCAGCUUUUGCUUCAGUUUAUAUGAAUGGAGGAGUUCCAUGCAGAUUGAUCCAUGGAUCUGUGAAGCAUAAACUACAGUGGUCAACGCCUCCAGAUGAAAUUCCAUUUGACCCAGUUCUAGUCACACUUGCCGAUGGCUUGAAGGAGACAGUACACCCCUACACCUUUGUGUCUCGUAAUGGGUUUCAAGAAAUGUUAGAAGUGGAUGGAGCCUACCAGAAAGUCUUACCUAUCUUGCCAAAAAUCACAUUUUCUAUAAGAGCAGCACUGAGCCAUAAAGAUAACUCGGUGUUUGAGGGAGGUCUGGAAGCGCUAGUGCAGUUAAGUGAUGUUGUGGGACCAGAGCUUAAUCAGCAUCUCAAGACAAUAUUGGUGCCAGUAUCAAAGAGAAUGAUGGACAAGAAGUACAAAGAUCGCAUCACUGAAGUCGUGCAGCGCCUUGAGCAAAAUGGUGGAAAGGAUUCCCUUGUGAUUCUGAAAUCCAAAAUUCCAACAUAUUCUUCAAUAUUUACCUGAAGUCUACAUAUAUUUCUGAAAGAUCUCCAUUCUAUGCCUUCGACACCACCUAGAGAUUUUGAAGUAUUACAGCACUAGUUAUAUGUGUGAACUGACCGUCCAAUUAUUUCUGUGUGGUGAAUAUGGUGCUAUUUCUUGGAACAAUCUUCUAUUUUGUUGAUUAUAUACAAAAUAAUCAAGAAGCAUCUCUUGACUCUUUUAAGCCUGAUUGUAAUAUUUCAGUAUCAUUUGAACUUUUUAAGGAAAAAUACUAUUGAUAAUUUUUAUUAAAACAUGCAUGAAUUAUACAUGCAUUAAUGUUUUGAAAUUUUGUUCUCUUCUUACUACAUGUAUUAAGAUCUGUUUUAAUUUAUCUGAAGUUUUAAUGACAAUAAUUGUAAGGUAUUGAAUUCAUUUAGAUUUUCAUAUACAGGUAGUACUAUAUUUUAAGAGUGGACAUGUACAAUAAGUUUAUUUUUAUAAUGCCCUUUCACUAACUGUUGGUAUACUACUUAUUUUGUUUGACUAAUAUAUAUUGCUUGUCCUCAGCUUGUCAGACACCAACAAUAGUAUUUAAGAAGAUUAUGCUAUUAAUAAAAAAAAAGGGAGGGAUUAAAACAGUGCUGAAUUUUUUCCUUUUUAUGGAAAGUUUGCAAUAUUGUCUUCAGAAGUGUGAAUUUCAAUUAAGAAUUUGUCUGUCAUACUCAGAUAUUGUGAUAUAUUCUAAUCAGAUUACAGGGAGGGUGAAAGAUUUCAUUUUCAAUAGAUUGCACAAAAUAUGUCCUUUCUGAACUGUUAAGUAUCUGCUUGGACCUCAACAAAUAUUUCACUGGAACAGAUAUGAAUUUUAUAUUAUAUGUUUGAUAGUUUUCACAGGGUUUGUUAAUAUGCUGUAUCACAUAGAUGUUGAUUAAUAUUGAGAUUUUUUUAUGUAUAUAUGAUUAAUUCUUUAUAUUCCUAUCAGUUUAUGUAAUUAUACUACAAGUAUGUAGAUUUGUUUGACUUGGACCAAAAGACAUAAAAACCUGUAUCUUUUAA